GCUAUGUAUUGCUAAAAAGCUUGCAGGGUGUGUGUGUGUGUGUGUGUUUUAGCCAAACCUCUGAAGAGCUAGGCAGAUCCAGCGGGCACGGGCGCCAUGGCCUCCAGUGGGGACAGCCCUGGGGAUGUUUCUUCGGACUGGGACGGUGCCAGUCUCCUCGACCUGACCUCACCGGAGCUUGCCAAAGCCAACGCUUCCGUGAUGGACAGUGGCGAAGACUUUGAAGUCCUGGACGAUGAGGAAGAGGAUGACAUGAACGACCUUCCUCCACUGGAGGAUGUGCCCGCCAGCAAGCCGACGGCACCGAAGGAGGAAGCCCCGGGAUCCAUGUCGGAGCGGCCAGCUGAGGAAGGCUCGGAGACGGCAGAAGAGUGGACGGAUGUCCUGGGGAGCGGUUCGUUGAAGAAGAAAGUCCUAGUAGCCGGUCAAGGCAGGGAGACGCGGCCGGUUAAGGGUCAGGACGUUACCAUUCGAUUAAAAGCCACAUUGGAGGACGGCACGCUGGUGGAGGAGAAUCAGAGCCUCACCUUCACGCUGGGCGAUUGUGAUGUCAUCCAGGCCCUGGACUUAUGCGUGCAGCUGAUGGAGGUGGGGGAGACUGCCCUCAUCCAGUCGGAUCCGAAAUAUUGCCAUGGCUCGCAGGGCAGGAGCCCGGACAUCCCUCCCGACGCGGCCCUCACCCUCGAAGCGGAGCUGCUGGCCGUGCGGGAUGCCCCGGACUUGGAGCUGCUCAGCGGGAAAGAGAAAGUGGAGCUUGCCAACCGCAAGAGGGAACGCGGCAACUCCCACUACCAGCGAGCGGAUUACGUGCUGGCCAUCAACUCCUACGACAUCGCCCUGAAGGUUAUCGGCUCCAGUUCCAAAGUUGAUUUCAGUCCAGAGGAAGAGGCUGAGUUGCUGGACGUGAAGCUGAAGUGUCUGAACAACUUGGCAGCGUCUCAGUUAAAACUGGACCACUACGAGGCGGCGUUGAAGUCCUGCAAUCAGGUGCUGGAGCAGCAGCCGGACAACAUCAAAGCCCUCUUCCGGAAAGGAAAGGUCCUGGCUCAGCAAGGGGAGUACAGUGAGGCUAUCCCUAUCUUGAAAGCCGCGUUGAAACUGGAGCCAGCCAAUAAGACCAUCCACACGGAGCUUUCAAAGCUGGCAAAGAAGCACGCCGACCAAAAGAGCGUGGAGACACAGAUGUACCGCAAGAUGCUGGGGACUGCUGAUUCCAGCGGACCCCCUGCUAAGUGUAAAGAUAAGUCCUCCCGGGCGAUUCCUUGGAAGUGGCUAUUCGGUGCCACGGCUGUGGCGCUAGGAGGCGUGGCCUUGUCGGUCGUCAUAGCAGCCAGGAACUAGCGCCGUCGCCCAGCAAGCGCAUUUUGGCGAGCAAGGCCCCGAGACUGGCCCUUUCCCCCCCCACCCGACCCCUUUCCACCCAUAUCUGGCCCUCGGUGAUCGCUACACAGCAUGGACUGUUAGGCUGGCUGGGGACGGGCUGCGGGGACUUUGCUUCAUCUGCCCCGAAAUGCCACUGGAACCGUUCCACGGGAGCUGCCCCCUCCUGGUGGCAAUGAAGGCCCAGCGUUGUGUGGCUGCUGGCUGGAAAGCCAGGGGUGAGAAAGGGCCAGGUGGGGGGGGGAGUCUUUGGGGAGGGGCAAGAAAAACUGGACACACGUGCCUCUCCGCAUCUCCCUACCAUGGACAUGCUGCACAAUCUUUCGCGGUGCGUGGGUAGGCGUCUCAUUUCUCCUCCCCUGCUUUCCCAGCCCCCUGGGACUCAUUUCUGCUCAGCUUGUCCUUUGCAACCCCAAAGAGAAAAAGAGAAGUGUCUUGUGUGGAUUGAGCCGGCAGGGAAAUGGGGAAAACGUAAAAGGAGGAGAAGCCAGCGGCUGCUGGAGUGGGAGAGGCAAAAGUUUCGAGACUGGCGGUUGCGUUGGCUUUAAUCCCGGGAAGAGAAGCUGUUCAGGGCUACUGGGGUGACUCGGGAGUAACAGCUCCUGUCAGUACCCUUUUUUGGGGGGUGGGGCAGAGGAGGGUUAUGUUUUCGAUAUGUUGCUUUACAAGGCCCCAGCCGUACAGGAGCAAACAAAUUAAGGCCAGGGGUGGAUCCUGCCCUGUUUUUUGGUGCACGGCCUGCUGUCGGAGUGUGCCUGUCGCCCCCCUGUAGAAAGUUGUCCCGCGGAGGUUCAGAAUCCAAUCGACAGGGACCGGGGACAUCGGAAGGAUUCCGUAGGUGACAUGUGUGCCUGGAAGUGAACGCACGCAGGCGGCUGUGUGUGUUGGGGGACGGGAGUAACACCGGAGAUUGUUUGGAGUACUCUACUCCAGCCACCCCUGCCCCCUGUAUACCCUCAACCCAGGACUUCUUUUGUAGCAGGAACUCCUUUGCAUAUUAGACCACACACCCCUGAUGGAGCCAAUCCUCUAGGAGCUUACAGGGCUCUUAGUACAGGACUUACUGUAAGUUCCAGGAGGACUGGCUACAUCAGGGGGGUGCGGCCUAAGAUGCAAAGGAGCUCCUGCUACAAAAAAAGCCCUAGGAGCAGGGGUGGAAUUCUAGCAAGAGCUCCUUUGCCUAUUAGGCCACACCCCCUCGAUGGAGCCAAUCCUCCUGGAGCUUCCAGUAGGCCCUGUGAGAAGAGCCCUGCAAAGUCUCAGAGGAUUGGCUACAUCAGGGGGAUGUGGCCUAAUAUGCAAAGGAGUUCCUGCUAAAAAAAAAAAAAAAGCCCUGCGGCGUCACCCAUGCAUGGUCACCUGCUGCCUGUACCAAAGCCGUUUUGAUGGAAGCCUUUUGAUUUCCCUGGUUCUUGCCCGUCCCUACUGGUCGGUCCCCUCCACUCCCUUGUGCCCCCCUGCCCGCCAAGACUGCACAGCUGCCCCCCACACUCCAUUCCCAGAACCAGGGCUCUUUUGGUAGCAGGAACUCCUUUACGCAUUAGGCCACUCCCCCUGCUGUAACCAGUGCAGGAGCUUCCAGUAGGCCCUAUACUAAGAGCCCUGGAAGCUCUUGGGGGAUUGGCUACAUCAGGGGGUGUGGCCUAAUAUGCAGAGGAGCCCCUGCUAGAAUUCGACCCCAGUAGCCAAUCCUCCCGGAGCUUACAGUAGGCCCUGUAUGGAGAGCCCUGGAAGCUCUUGGAGGAUUGGCUACAUUAGGGGGUUGUGGCCUAAUAGGCAAAGGAGUCCACGCUACAAAGAAAGCGCUGCCCAGUACGUUCCCCGUCGUGGCACCAGCCUUGUGUUGGCAACUCUUGGCGCCAACCUUAGCUAGCCCUGCUUCAGUUGGAGAAAUAUAUUUUUGAGAAUACUGUAGGGGGGCGGGGAGUUGGCCUUCUGUCAGAUAUAAACUGUGAACCGACAGCGUCCCCUCCUCCGCCCCUAAUAAAUUAACACCUCUCAAGGCA